CUAUCUUCCCAAUGAUUCCAGCCUCUGUAUCAGCUCUGUGUCUCUCAAAAUCCAUGAAGCCAACAGAGCUCCAUAGCCGGAGACUCCUUUUGAGUGGCUGCCCACAAAAACCCCACAUUGAAAACGCAGAGAGAACAAUAAGCGUAUGCAUCACAAUCGUCAUCAUGAUCACGCUCAUCUGCACCUUGCUCAUCUCCAUGUUCAAAUGCUUCCGCGGCAGGCCGUCCAAUAAUCUGUCUCCUCCGCCUCAAGACACCCACACCACGGCGUCGUUUCCGGGCGACGUGCUCGCCUCCCUGCCUAUCUUAAUCUACGGCGGGUCGUUCUCGCCUUCUUCUUCUUCUUCUAAAUCCAGUACGACGUCGUCGUCGCCGCUGGGGUCAGAGACGAACUGUGCGAUAUGUUUGGGGGAGUUUUUGCACGGAGAGGAAGUCAGGGUUUUGCCGAGGUGUAAGCACAUGUACCACAAGGACUGUAUUGAUCAGUGGCUGGUGCUCAGAUCCUUGCAUUGCCCCAUUUGUAGGGACCGUACGAUCGAGCUUGACGUGGAGCCCACGAGGACACGUUGCGCCGUUGUUGACGUUGGUGAUCCAUCCUUGUUGUUGGGUCCUAGCUUUGCCAAUCACUUGCAGUAAGUUUAAUUAGGCUCUGUUUGGUUGUUGGGAAAACUUGGACCGUCAAAAGAGGUUUCGAUGUCUCCGUAUAAUCUCGGCAACCGAACACAGCUUUAGUGCCUUAGAGGAAAUUCUUGGCCCUUGGGUAUACGUUUAGGUACGAAGAGCAUCUCAUGUAUCGAAGAACUUUUUGUCAUUUGUUGAGUGUGAAUUAGUAUAAU